AUGGCGGACGCAAAGAUCACCGAACUCCUGGCAAAGCCGCGCAACGAGCUCACCGAGUUCGAGAUCGCCCAGCUCGAAGAGCAUGAGUUUACCUCUGGCCCUCUGUCCAUCCUUCAGACCGCCGUACGAUCCCACACACAGGUCCUCAUUUCAUGCCGAAACAACAGAAAGCUGCUUGCACGCGUCAAAGCAUUCGAUAGGCAUUGCAAUAUGGUGUUGGAGAAUGUGAAGGAGAUGUGGACAGAGACACCAAGGACGAGCUCAGGGAAGAAGGGUAGACCGGUCAAUAAGGAUCGUUUUAUCAGCAAGAUGUUCUUGAGAGGAGAUUCUGUUAUUUUGGUGCUUCUUAGCUGA